UCUGUUUGUUACCAGUGCUCUGCUUUAUCUCUUCAAAUGCCAGUCAGGUUCACAGUUGAUGCUAGCAGUGUGACACAUGGGACAUGUAAAUGAGCAGUUCCACUUAAUACCACCUGGCAAAUUACAGUGAAAAAUGAUCUUGUGCACAUUUUUGCAUCAAAAAACUUUUUAUAUAAAUGUGCUUUUGGUCUAACUGCUCAUUUCUCCCACCCUAUUCUUGUUCAUUUCCCCCCUUUACAUUUCUGCUUCCAUAGGUUCCCAGAUGAAGAGCCCAGAGAAAAAGAAGAGGAAAUCCAACACUCAGGGGGCAGCAUUCUCCCACCUCUCUGAGUUUGCACCCCCUCCAACUCCGAUGGUUGAUCACCUGGUGGCCUCUAACCCUUUCGAUGAUGACUUUGGUCCGCCAUUGCGAUCUGGGGGAGGGGGUGGUCCAGGUGGUGCCUCUUUUCUGCCCAGUCCAGGGGGCGGUGGAGGUGGCUAUGUUGGACCCGGUCGAAUGGGAGGAGGUAUGGGAUUCAUGGGUGGCCCAGGUGGACCUGGAGGCGGACAGCCUGGCCGACGACCCCCUUUCGGUCCGCCAACGCCAAAUACUGGACCACACCACCCACUUGGAUUUGGGGGCAUGCCAGGCUUUGGAGGUGGUGGAGGCGGAGGAGGUGGUGGUGGAGGAUUUCCACCAGGAGGCCCAUCCCAGUUUAACAUGCCACCCAAUUUCAGCCCACCCAUGCACCCUGGGCAGGGCUUCAAUCCAAUGUUGUCACCUGGAGGAAUGGGUGGCGGUCCAGGAGGUGGAGGAGGUCCACCUCAUCCAAGGUUUGGGAUGCCUCAGCAACAGCCUCCACAUGGACAAGGUGGCCAUCCCUUCAACAGCCCGCCCUUACCUGGUGGCCCUGGCCCUCGUGGGCCUCCGCACGGCCCCAUGAACCCUAUGGGGGGUAUGGGAGGAGGAAUGAACAUGAUGGGGAUGGGUGGUGGGGGUAAUAUGGUGGGUGGACAUCCAGGUAUGCCUCCACAAGGACAGUUCCCUCCUCCACAAGAUGGCCCGUACCCUGGAUCAAGUCCUCCUGUUGGUGAAGAGGGAAAGAACUUUGGUGGUCCAGGUGGUGGUCCACCUGUUCCCUCUCAACAGCAACCACCUAACCUUAACCCCUCUGGUCCUCCAUCCAACAAUGCCACCCCUGGUCCGUCCCCAGCCCCUGGACCCCCACAGCCUGGAGGAGGUUUCCCAGGUCAUCCAGAUGUCCAACAACCCAACCCCAACACUCCAGGACAACCCCAGUCGGCUGCUCAACCCCCCAAUCCCAACUCGUCCCCCACUGGCCCCCAUAACGGUCCCCAGCCUCAACCGGCACCAACCAAUCAGCAUCCUCCACCCAACUCCACUGGUGGCCCUGGCCCCAACACCCCAUCCAAUCAGCAGCAACCAACGCCACCAAACUCCGCUCCGGGUUCAGUGCCCUACAACCAGCAGAACAAUACUCCCGUAGGUCCAAUGCCAAACCAGCCACCCAACUCCACCCAGAACAACCUUAACAACAGCAGUGGUGGCAACACUCCAGGUAGCAACCCCAAUCCUCCAUCCAACUCCAACUCCACGCCCAACACCCAAUCCCCACUUGCCAGUGGGCCCGCUCCACCCUCUGCUGGCCCUGGCUCCGGUCCCCCAAAGCUAGGUGGAGGCAUGGUGUUCCCUUGUGGCCUCUGCCUGUCAGAAGUGCACGAUGACCAAGAGGCCAUCUUGUGCGAGGCUUCCUGCCAACGAUGGUUCCAUAGAGACUGCACAGGCCUAACUGAGCCAGCGUAUGGGCUGCUAACCAGGGAGAGCGCCGCGGUGUGGGCUUGCGACUUCUGCCUCAAGACAAAGGAGAUUCAAGCUGUUUAUGUGCGCCAGGGACUGGGACAGCUGGUGGCUGCAAAUGAUGGCUAAAGGAGAGAAGAAGAUCGGGGAAGAGGGAAGUUUGAUUUAUUUCUUGGUGCUUUAUGUCUUGUGUUUCAUGGUGAGAAAGUGAAAUGGAAGUGAAGAAUUAAUCCACCAGAGGAGAGCGAGACAUACAGAUAAAACUGAACUUCUUAAUCUGAUGUUACUUCUUGCAUUUGUUUCUUCACAGACCUCAUAAGCACUUUUAGGGCCCAUGUCUCUGAUUAAAAAGCAUUGUAACAGAUGUUGGAAAUGUGUGUAUAUAAAACAUCGACACAUUUUCAAAAUUCAGCUGUUUUUGCACUCAUAGGUCUUCAUUUCACCUUGGUGACAAAUUUGGAGAAGCAGAUCGAUUCGGGCCACAGUAGAAAGUAAAAUUCAAUAUGUUUGUACAAGAAUUUAACCUUUUGUGUGAUUAUACCCAAGAUCAGCCUCCAAAGAGCUGUCCAAAUUUUCUUUUCAUUCCAAAAUCCAUCUUGCUGAUCUGCAAAGCACUGAUGCCAACUUGCUACCUCAAAAAUUUUGACGCGUCUGGUUAAGAAUGCUUUGAUUAAGUCAAGA